UGAGUUUGAAGUGUUGGUAUUCCUGUAAAAAUUCUUGGUGCGAGGGAUACAACAAUGGAGGCCGAGAAAGUUCAUGACAUCCGGUUUAAUAAAAUGAACCGAAAAGAGAUGCUGGAAAAGAAGAAGCUAGUGGAAGAGAUCAUCAGAGCUGCUUCUUCUGUGAAUGACCAUCUCUCAUGCUUUCCGACAUUUAUUCAUUACCACAGAAACGGUUUGUCGGUAUACAUGGAAUCUGGACGUGGUAAUAAACUUUCUUCUCAAAUGAAGCACUAUAUCCAAGGCCUCCUCAAGGAAAAUAUGCGGGGACCAUAUGGAUCUGAAUGGCCAGCGGAAGAGAAGGUCAAGCGCAAGGAAAUGGUUGCACCAGAAGCACUCUACAUAUUUGUCUAUGAGAUUCCAAGUGCUAAUCCUAGUGGAAUUCCUGCAGUGGGUUACCAGGACAGUGAUGAAGUUCAGACAGCGGAUGAUAUGUGCCGAGUAGUUGGAUUUGUACAUUAUCGCUUCACCAUAGAAGAAGAGAUCCCUGUUCUUUAUGUUUACGAGUUGCAGCUUGAGGAGCGUGUUCAGGGAAAGGGCCUAGGGGAAUACUUGAUGCAACUAAUAGAGCUUAUUGGUAGCAAGAGUAAAAUGGGAGCGGUGGUUCUGACUGUUCAAAAGGCAAAUGUUGAUGCUAUGAAAUUUUAUACUAGUAAACUUGGGUACUCAGUGUCCUCUAUUUCACCAUCCAGAGUAUAUCUGGGGUUAGGACUGCAGACAAGUUAUGAGAUUCUUUGUAAAACAUUUCAUCAUGAAGCUAAAGCAAUGCUGGAGGAUUCGUAACAUGCUAAAGAAACUGAUGAGAUGCGGUGUUCAUGCGCAAAGAGUUGGUUCAAUUUCCCUUUAUUAUGCGGUUGCAAGUUUUAGAUUUUCUGCUAUUCAACUUCUCUUGUGAUACAUGCAUGAAGAAACUAUGCAUAGAAGUUUAAAAAGAUAUUCUUGAAGUGGUAUUUGAAAUAAAAUCAGUCACAGAAUGACCUGGGGAAACAAAAAAAUGGAAAUAAUGAAAUGUAAAUAUUCAGCAUCUAUCUCCCUUAGUAAUCAAUAAGAGCAUUACUGUAUUAUCUUUAUUAAA